AUGCAGCUGCGAUUCCAGCCUGAUACAUGGUGUAGAACUGUGUGGGAACAAGCCCACCUGGAAAGCCCGCGUGAAAAGGCCUCUUUGCUCAAGUCCUCUCCUCGGCUGCUGUGCACAGCUACAAAACAGAAGAACAAUGGCCAGAACUUGGAAGAGGACGUGGGUCAGAAGGAACAGAAGACAGAUCUGCCCUCUGCAGAGAAGACACUGAUGGAAGAGAAGGUCAAGCUGGAAGAGCAGCUAAAGGAGACCAUGAUGAGGAAACUGAGGUCCAGGACGAGGCCAAAGCUGUCCACUCAGGAAAAAUAUAAGCGAGCUUUAGCAGAUACUGAGAACUUGCGGCAGAGGAGCCAAAAAUUGGUGGAGGAGGCGAAACUAUAUGGCAUUCAGGGCUUCUGCAAGGGCUUGCUGGAGGUGGCAGACAUUCUGGAGAAGGCAACACAGUGUGUCCCAAAGGAAGAGAUUAGAGACGAUAACCCGCACCUGAAGAACCUCUACGAGGGGCUCGUGAUGACUGAGGUCCAGAUCCAGAAGGUGUUCAAGAAGCACGGCUUACUCCAGCUGAACUCUGUGGGGGCCAAGUUCGACCCCUACGAGCACGAGGCCUUGUUCCACACGCCGGUUGAGGGCAAGGAGCCGGGCACGGUGGCGUUCGUUAACAAAGUGGGGUACAAGCUGCACGGGCGCACCCUGAGACCCGCCCUGGUUGGGGCGGUGAAGGAGGCUUAG